AUGAAGAAAUCUAUUGGAAGCAAAAAGCCAGGAGUUUUUGGCUUUCUCAAGGGGACACAAACUCAAGGUUUUUUUCAGAAUUUUGCUUCUUCUUGUCGGAGAGGUAACCGAGUGGACAAGCUUCGGGAUGAAGAUGGGUUUGGUCCCACUGAUAUGUGCAAGUUUGAUCCUAAAGUUACUGUUGAUGAUAAUGUUGAUUUAAUGAGGCCUAUUACAGAUUAUGAGGUUAAAAAUGCUGUUUUUAGCACGCAUGAUGACAAGUUUCCGGGGCCGGAUGCUUUAAUUUUAAUCCCUAAAGUGACUAAUUCGGAGUAUAUCACUAAUCUAAGGCCGAUAUCAUUAUGUAAUGUGUCCAAUAAGAUUAUCUCCAAAGUUAUGGCUAAUAGAAUGAAGGGGUACUCUAGCCUUGGAAAUUGUGACAUGGCCAAUCCUAUUUUACCUAGUAAAGGCUUGCGCCCAGGUGAUCCGCUAUCUCCGUAUUUGUUCAUUAUUUGUGCGGAAGGCUUAAGCUUGUUAUUAAAUGGCGGGGAGGAGGAGGGUAACAUUCAUGGAAUGUCGGAAAGAGUACCAAUUAGUUCGGAGUUGGGAGUGAAGGAGUCGUUGGAUAGUGGAAAAUAUAUAGGCCUUCCUUCAUUGGUUGGUAGAAAUAAAUCCCCUAUUUUUAGUUUUCUUCGUGAAAGAGUUUGGAGUAAGGUGAAAGGGUGGAAUUCAAAAAAAUUAUCUAGAGGGGGUAAGGAAAUCUUAAUCAAAGCGGUUGCCCAAACAAUGCCCAAUUAUGUUAUGAAUGUAUUUUUAAUCCCUCUCCGUCUUUGUGAAGAGGAGCGAAAAGGGAUUAGUUGGGAUAGUUGGGAUCGUCUUUGUAUCCCAAAGAAGUUUGGUGGUAUGAGGUUUAAAAAAAUUCAGGAUUUCAAUAUUGCUAUGUUGGUUCGCCAAGCUUGGCGUUUUAUUACCGUGGAAAAUAAUUUGAUGGUGAAGGUGUUUAAAGCUAAAUACUUUCCAAACUCUACUUUUCUUGAAGCAAAAUUGGGUUCGAACCCGAGCUAUGUUUGGAGAAGUAUUUUCGAGUCUCAAGCGGCUAUGGUAAAAGGCUCCAGAGUUAGAAUCGACAAUGGGAGGAAGACAAGCAUUUGGAAUAGUCCCUGGGUUUUGCCUGAUAACAGUGGCCAUAUAACUACUCCUAUGCCAAUUAGCCUUUCUAAGGCUAAAGUAUGUGAUUUGUUUGAAAUUGGUGAAAGUUGCUGGGACACGGGGCUGAUUAUGGAUGUUUUUAAUAAAGAGGAUGUUGAAAACAUUCUAAGCAUUCCUCUAAACUCUCGCAAUGUGGAUGAUGGAUGGCUUUGA